UGUACCCUGCACAAAUUUCAUCCAUCAACAAACAAAAUUAUCAACUCACAAUCACUUAAUUAGCAGUAUAUGAUGAUGGUUUCUAAAAUAUUCUCUUUACUUCAGUUUUUCACUCUCUUGUACCUCUUUAAAAUUACUUUUGCUUCCACUGAGGAAGCCGCAACUGCUCUGCUUAAAUGGAAAUCAACUUUCAAGAAGCAGAAUAAUUCCUUAUUGGUUUCAUGGCAACCAAGUUCUGAUGCAUGCAACGAUUGGUAUGGAGUUACAUGCAUUAAUGGUAGGGUAAACACGUUGAAUAUUACAAAUGCUAAUGUCUUUGGUACACUCUAUGCUUUUCCGUUUUCAUCUCUCCCUUUUCUUGAGUAUCUUAAUCUUAGCAUGAACAAUUUGUCUGGCACCAUCCCACCUGAGAUUGGUAAUCUCACUAAUCUUGUCUGUCUUGACUUGCAUAUUAAUCAAAUCUAUGGCACAAUUCCAUCACAAAUCGGCUCACUAGUCAAGCUUCAGAUCCUCCGCAUAUUUAACAACCAUUUAAAUGGUUCCAUUCCAGGAGAAAUAGGUCAGCUAAGGUGUCUUACUAAGCUAUCUUUGGGCACGAACUUCCUUAAUGGCUCUAUUCCUGCUUCAUUGGGGAAUUUGAACAACUUGUCCUAUUUGUAUCUUUAUGAAAAUAGCCUUUCUGGCUCUAUUCCUCGAGAAAUGGGCAACUUGACCUAUGCAAAAGCGUUCUACGCUUUCUCCAAUGAAUUGUCUGGUCCCAUUCCUGCAGAAAUAGGGAAGAUGAAGUCACUUCAGAAUUUAAGCUUAUAUACAAACAAUCUUUCUGGUCCAAUUCCUAGUGAGUUGGGGAAUCUGAAAAACCUCAAUGAUCUAGAAUUAUCCCAUAAUCAACUCACUGGUUCAAUUCCGUCUUCCUUUAGAAAAUUGAGAAACUUGCAAACUCUGUUUCUCGGUGACAACAAUCUGAUUGAGGAAAUUCCUUCAUCUAUUUGUAAUUUGAUAUCACUGACAGUCCUGUAUUUGUCGAAAAACAACUUGAAGGGAAAAAUUCUGCAAUGCUUGGGUAAUAUCAGUGGCCUCCAGUAUGUGAUGAUGUCACAUAAUAAUCUCAGUGGAGAGCUCCCGUCGUCUAUUUGUAGUUUAACAUCACUACAAGGUCUGGAUUUGGGUAGAAACAAUCUAAUGGGAGCAAUUCCGCAAUGUUUAGGCAACAUGAGUGGUCAUCUUGAGGUUCUUGAUAUGAAGCACAACAAUCUUUUUGGUACUCUUCCAAUAACUUUUAGCAUUGGAAGUGCACUCAAAAGCGUCAAUUUGCAUGGAAAUAAGCUAGAGGGAAAAAUUCCACAAUCCUUGGAAAAUUGCAAACGACUGGAAGUUCUUGAUUUAGGAGACAAUCUCCUCAAUGAUACAUUUCCAAUGUGGUUGGGAACUCUUCCUGAGCUGCGAGUUUUAAGCUUGAGAUCGAAUAAGUUGCAUGGGCCCAUUAGAACUUCAGGAAGUGAAUACAUGUUUCUUGAGCUUCGAAUCUUAGAUCUCUCUCGCAAUGAUUUUUCCAAUAACUUGCCGAUGAGUUUGUUUCAACAUUUGAAAGCCAUGAGGACAAUUAAUCAAACAACAAAUGCAUCAAGUUAUGAAUUUCAUCGACAUUACCAAGACUCGGUAGAUGUGGUAACAAAGGGAUUGGAGCUUGAAGUAGUGAGAAUCUUGUCUUUGUAUACAGCUAUCGAUCUUUCAAACAACAAAUUUGAAGGAUACAUUCCAAGUAUUAUGGGAGAACUUAUUGCGAUUCGUGUUCUAAAUUUAUCUCAUAAUGGAUUGCAAGGUCAAAUUCCGCCAUCACUUGGAAGUUUAUCUUCAGUUGAAUCAUUAGACCUGUCAGGUAACCAUCUUGUAGGAGAGAUACCAGCACAAUUUGCUUCUCUUACAUUUCUUGAAGUCUUAAAUCUCUCCUAUAAUCAUCUCGAAGGAUGCAUUCCUCUAGGGCCUCAAUUUCAUACCUUUGAGAACAAUUCAUAUGAAGGUAAUGAUGGAUUACGUGGAUUUCCACUUUCAAAAGGUUGUGGUAAUGACGGUCAUGAUUCAGCAUCAGAGAAAACUUAUGCUGGAUCUGCUCUUGAUGAAGAAAGCAACUCUGAAUUUCUGAAUGAUUUUUGUAAAGCAGCUCUUAUGGGGUAUGGAACCGGACUAUGUAUUGGAUUAUCCAUAAUAUAUUUCUUGAUGUCAACUGGAAAUAUGAAAUGGCUUGAAAGAAUCAUUGAAGAGCUGGAGCACAAAAUUAUGACGGCGAGGAGAAAGAAGCAGCGAAGGCAAAGGAAUUACAGA